UAGACUGUUCAAUGGCACCAGAAAUGCCUUUGCUUUUCAGUGGGGAAUAGUGAAUGCAGGAAGAGCUAUAGAAACGUAGAAAAUAGGUGCAGGAGUAGGCCAUUCGGCCCUUCGAGCCUGCACCACCAUUCAGUAUGAUCAUGGCUGAUCAUCCAACUCAGAACCCUGUAUCUGCUUUCUCUCCACACCCCUGAUCCCUUUAGCCACAAGGGCCAUAUCUAACUCCCUCUUAAAUAUAGCCAAUGAACUGGCCUCAACUGUUUCCUGUGGCAGAGAAUUCCACAGAUUCACCACUCUGUGUGUGAUAGGUUUGAGGGUGGGACUCUGCAUGUUCCUGUUAGCAUGAAGCACAAGACUGGUGGGAGUAGGGAACCCUGGAUGGCAAGGGUUAUUGGUGCCCUGGCCAAGAAACAGGAGGCAUGACUCAGGUGCAGGCAGCUAAUCCCCAAAGAAGUAUUUAUUAUUUUGUCACAAACAAGAAAAUCUGCCGGUGCUGAAAAUCCAAGUAAAACACACAAAAUGCUGGAGGAACUCAGCAGGCCAGGCAGCAUCUAUGGAAAGGAGGAUGGUCGACGUUUCGAGCUGAGACCCUUCAGCAGGAUCUGUUUGUUUGUUUUUCAUUUUGUUUGUUAUCUUUUACACAUUGAUUGUCCAUCCUGUUGGGGGCUGUCUUUCUUUGAUUCUAUUGUGUUUCUUACGUUUACUGAGAAUGCCCACAAGAAAUUGAAUCGCAGUGUUGUGUAUGGUGUUGUAUAUGUACUUUGUUAAUAAAUUUACUUUGAACAUUUUGGACUUUGAUUAUAGGGGUGCAGAAGUACACUCAAGAAGGAAGUGGGGAAGGGGAAAUUCAGCCAUGAGAUAACUUUGGCAGAGAAGAGCAAGGAAAAUCCAAAGAGAUUUAAGGAUAUUAGGGUAAAAGAGUAACCAGAGAGAGAAUAGGGUCCCUCAAAGGGACAACCUUGUAUGGAGUUGUAGGAUAUGAGCAAGAUCCUUAAUAAAUAUUUCUUCUCUUUUUACUGUGAAAAGAAAUGAAGACUUCGUAACUAAUAAAAGUGGGUGGAAUUAUCUUGGGAAUACUCUACAUAACAGAAGAGGAUGCAAAAGGUAUAAAGUGUCCCUUUCUCACAGUACCUGAAGGACAUUCUGUGCUGACAACUGCCUGAUGGUCAAAGCUGUUUACUUGGAAGAAGACUUCCACGAAGGACAGUGAUGCCUUUCCUCACGGAGUCUGACAUGCAAAUCAGUAAGACUGCAAAGAGUGAAAAAGUGCAUAUAAAGCAACCAUCCUGCAAGAAACUGAUGAAGUUUACUCUCACCUGUCCGAUCCUACACCUCCUCACAUUUCUUAGACCAUCACUACAUGCGCUAACCAGAAGCCAUGGAUGACAGCGGAGGUGCGUGCACUGCUGAGGCCCCAUGAUUCCGCCUUCAGAUCAGGCAACAAGGCAGCCCUAACAACAGUGAGGGCCAACCUGUCCCGGCCAGGCCAUGCCCAUCAGAGAGGCAAAGUGUGCACACGCCCAGCAAAUCCAUAGCCACUUCCAGGACAGUGGCGACAUGUGGCGCAUGUGGAAGGGCAUUCAGGAUAUCAAGUACAAGACAUCACCUGCCUGUGCUGGUGAAUCCUCCCUUCCAGAUACGCUGAACAACUUCUAUGCUUGUUUUGAGGCGGAAAAUGACAUGGCAGCAAGGAAGACCACUCCUCCUCCAAAUGACCAGGUGCUAUGUCUUACUGUGACAGAUGUGAAGAGAACCCUGUGCAGGGUCAACCAACGGAAGGCUGCUGGACCAGACAAUAUUCCUAGCAGAGUGCUUAGAGGAUGUGCAGACCAGCUAGCAGAGAUUCUCACCAACAUCUUCAACAUUUCCCUGAGCAGCGCCAUCAUUCCUACGUGCUUCAAGGCCGCCACCAUCGUCCCCAUGCCGAAGAAGUCUUCAGCGUCCUGCCUCAAUGACUACCGUCCCGUCGCACUCACAUCCAUCGUCAUGAAGUGUUUCGAGAGGCUCAUCAUGAGGCACAUCAAGACCCCGCUGCCCCCUUCACUGGAACCCCUGCAGUUCGCGUACCAUCCCAACCGUUCAACAGAUGACGCCAUUUCCAUCACCCUCCAUUUGACCCUAACCCACCUGGACAAAAAAAGACACGUACGUUCGGAUGCUGUUCAUAGACUUCAGUUCAGCAUUCAACACAAUCAUUCCUCAGAAAAUGAUUGGAAAGCUGAGCCUACUGGGCUUGAACAUCUCCCUCUGCAACUGGAUCCUAGAUUUCCUGACUGGGAGACCUCAGUCAGUCCGGAUCGGGAGCAGCAUCUCCAACACCAUCAUACUGAGCACGGGGGCCCCCCAGGCUGUGUGCUCAGUUCACUGCUGUUCACUCUGCUGACCCACGACUGUGCUGCAACACACAGCUCAAACCAGAUCAUCAAGUUCGCCGAUGACAUGACCAUGGUGUGUCUCAUCAGCAAGAAUGAUGAGUCAGCAUACAGAGAGGAGGUGCAGCGGCUAACGGACUGAUGCAGAGCUGACAACCUGUCUCUGAAUGUGAACAAAACAAAAGAGAUGAUUUUAACGAUUGUUGACUUCAGGAGGACACGGAGCGACCACUCUCCGCUGAACAUCGACGACUCAACCGUAGAGACUGUUAAGAGCACCAAAUUUCUUGAUGUUCACCUGGCGGAGAAUCUCACCUGGUCCCUCAGCACCAGCUCCAUAGCAAAGAAAGCCCAGCAGCAUCUCUACUUUCUGCAAAGGCUGAGAAAAGUCCAUCUUCCACCCCCCAUCCUCACCACAUUCUACAGAGGUUGUAUUGAGGGCAUCCUGAGCAGCUGCAUCACUGCCUGGUUCAGAAAUUGCACCAUCUCAGAUCACAAGACCCUGCAGCAGAUAGUGAGGUCAGCUGAGAUCAUCAGGGUCUCUCUUCCCGCCAUUACAGACAUUUAUACCACACGCUGCAUCUGUAAAACAAAGAGCAUUAUGAAGGACCCCACGCACCCCUCACACAAACUCUUCUCCCUCCUGCCAUCUGGCAAAAGGCACCGAAGCACUCGAGCUCUCACGACCAGACUAUGUAACAGUUUCUUCCCCCCAGGCCAUCAGACUCCUCAAUACCCAGAGCCUGGACUGACACCAACCUACUGCCCUCUACUGUGCCUAUUGUCUUGUUUAUGGUUUAUUGUAAUGCCUGCACUGUUUCAUGCACUUUAUGCAGCCCUGGGUAGGUCUGUAGUCUGGUGUAGUUUUUGUGUUGUUUUUACGUAGUUCAGUGUAGUUUUUGUAUUGUUUCAUGUAGCACCAUGGUCCUCAAGAACAUCUCAUUUUUACUGUGCACUGUAUGGUCGAAAUGACAAUAAAAAGUGACGACUUGAUAUCUCAGUCUUAGGGUAAAAAAUUUUACAAACUAGAAAAAUUAAUACUUUGUGGUGGAACUUUAUCAUUUACAGUGAUUGAGUGCAUAGUUUGGUUUCCAUACAGGAAUAAAGCUUUAAUCAUAAAGAUAUGUGUCAUACUGAAAAACUACUGCAAUGUGCUAUUUAUGUCUACAACAGUUAACUGUUAACUUAGAUCAUUAACUCUGACCUCUUCAAUUAUGGUUUGAAUGCCUUAUCAUCUGAUAUGAUUGAACUUUAUUUCAUUUGGAUCUUUCCAACCAAACAUAACUAAGCAUAUUAUGCUAAAAGCAGGGUUAUGUGAACAACUUAAACCAGACAAAGUGAUCAAUUCUGUUUACUUAAGAGCUGAGUCUUUAUUUUAAGGUACCUUUAAGACAUCUAUUGGAAUUGAACAAAAUAAUAUCCAACUAUGGCCUCAAUGCCAUCUGAUUCUCAACUGUAGAAAAUAACUUGUAAUAAUUGACCAUAAAGGCACAAAACUAAUUAUUUUUAGCAUUCUGCAUUUAAAAAAUUCAUACAAUUCAAAGUUUUUAAACCAAUCCAGCUUAUUAAUGACAGAAGGCAAUGUUGACGGCAAUAACCAGUUACUGAACCCAGUGUGUAAUCUACCAGAUUCACUUGAAUCUAGCCUUGCUCCAAAAAAUGGACCAGUAGGCUUUAUUUCUAAUGAGUAGUGAGGUUACUGCUCUUGACAUCAAGGUGGCAUCUGAGAAUGACAGAGAAUCACCGAAAAAUCUGAGCACAAAAGGGAAAGCACUCCAAGUGCGAAGUUAAACAUCCUCAAAAAAAAACACAGAAGAUAGUUGUGGUUGUUUGAUGCCAAUAAUCCCAACCUAUGGACAUCACUGAAGGAGUUAAUAGGUCCAGCUAUGCUUAGCUGUUUAAUUAAUGAUCUUCCUUCACCAUAAGGUCAGAAUUGUUUUAAGAUUAACUGACAAUUAUAAUUUCAUUCACACACAGCAACUGAGAAAAUCAAGUUGUUCACGUUCACUUAUAGAAGACCACAAGACCUAGGCCAUUUUGUCCAUUGAGUCUGCUCUGCCAUUCCAUCACAGCUGAUUUAUUAUCCUUCUCAACCCCAUUCUCCUGCCUUCUCCCCAUAACCUUUGGUGCCCUUACUAUCAACCUCCACUUUAAAUGGACCCUAGACAAUAUGUAUGCAUGGGCUAAUAGGUGGCACAUAACAAUUAGUUCAGAAAAAUGUCAGGCAAUGAUUAUCAAGGCACAGCAGCAUUACCAUCACCACAGCUGUUAACAUCUUGGGGUCAACACUGGUCAGAAACUCAACUGGUCCCACUUGCAUAAAUAGACCUUGGUGUCUAACACUCCAAAGUCUUUCCAAAGGCAGUACAAAUCAGUAAUGUUAUGGAACACUCCCCAAAGCUUUAAUUGACUUUCCCUUUAUUGUGGACACAUACCCUGGUUUGAUUUACCCACUCUUGAAAACAUCUCUACCUGUAGAAUGCCAUGCCCUCUUCAGAUCUUGUGCUUCAUUAAGAUCACCCUUAAUCUCCUAAAUUCAAAAGAUUCAACUUCAUUAUCCGCUCCUGAUAGGCCAACCAUCUCAUCCCAGGAAUUGAUCAAGUGAAGUUCCUUUGGACUGCCACCAGUGUUGUUACAUCCUUAAAAAAAAAGAGCAAAACAAGAGCUGCCUUACAAUCAAAAGCUAUCACAAUGAAGUUCCAUUCUAAGACCGUAAGAUCAAAAACUCAAAAUCAUAGUGUUUUGGAGUGUGCACAUGCAAUUUGCUCCUGCUUCCCCAACUUCAAGAGUCCAACAUAAAAAAAUUUGUUGCAAAAAAAAUUGUAUAAAUGCACACCUUCCAUUAAUUGUGCAGAAUUUCUUGCUAAGGUAUAAAAUUGAAGUUGUAUUCAUGUUUAGUGUAUUUUAAAUAAUAACUUGAAUCAUUAACUCACAUUACAAAUGCUCCAUAAGGAUUGUCACACAGCAUUUUGGUGAGAGCUGUGUGCCCUUAUGAAGGUUUGGACUUUAAAAAUCAGACAGCAGGCUGCAAUAGCACUUUCCGUGCAAAGGUGCUUACGGCAUGCCAGAGGUGAAAAACAUUUAGAAAAAGUGCAAACAUGACAAAAAGGGAAAGUGUAGAUAUAUAUCAUAACCUAUAGGAAUAUGGCCCCAAACAACUCUGUGAAGUAAUGUGCCUCACCUUACCAUACACCCUCUCCCUUCGCCACUCUCACCAAAAUGAACCUUUAAGUCAGAAUCUCAUUACUCUAGGAGAAAAGGGAUGGCCCACUCUUUGGAAUGUGGGUGAGUUGUUACCAUGAGCCUGAACAAUUACACAAAAACCAAAAUUCAGGAAUUCCCAUCCUUUUUCAUGAUCACAAUUGUCCCACAAAUACAUUCAUCACAACAUUGUGCAACAAAUCAAUCAAUAACUAUCCAAAAAGGAUCUAGUGCUUUCCCAGUGUAUAUGAUGAAUAAACUCUUCUUCGCCUUCGUUUAUUACCUGUACCUGGCUGGAAGACCAAGAGGAGUUUAUUUGUAAUAACCAUUUCCCAGGAGCCAGCACAUUUCCCUAUCCCCAAAAUGAGCUCUUCCACUGAGCCAGCAUUCAGCAUGUUCCACCAAAAACUGGCAGCUUUUUAUUAAGGCAUCCCACCCAUCAGUCGGGUCCCCUCCUGAAAACGGAAGCAACGAACAGGAUGUGUCAAAGAAUGCCACUGUCCCAGAGUGUGCAAAUAUAAAAUUAGCCUAGCGUGUGCACCUGAUAAAUGUAACACCAGUCCUGCUGUCAGCACUAUGACAAUAUAAGACCAUAAGACAUAGGAGCAGAACUAGGCUAUUUGACCCAUCAAAUCUACUCCGCCAUUCAAUCAUGGCUGAUCCUCCCCACCCCCCUCCCUAGCCUUCCCUCCAUAUGCUUUGAUGCCAUGGCCAAUCAAGAACCCAUCCAUCUCUGCCUUAAAUACACCCAGCAGCCUGCCCUCCACAGCUGCCUGUGGUAAUAAAUUCAUUUUCCUUUGGCUAAAGAAAUUUCUUUGAACCUGGGUGCCCCUCUAUCCUGUGGCUGUGCCCUCCUCUUAGACUCCUCCAUCAUCAGAAACAUCCUAUCCACAUCUACUCUGUCUAGGCCUUUCAAGAUUUGAAAGAUUUCAAUGAGAUUUCCCCCUUAUCCUUCCAAAUUCCAGUGAGUACAGACCCAGAGCCAUAAAAACAUUCCUCAUAUGAAUACCACUUCAUUCCCAGAAUCAUCCUUGUGAACCUCCUCUGAAUCUUCUCCAAUGUCAGUCCAAAACUGUUCACAAUACUCAAGGUGAGGCCUCACUAGUGUCCUUUAAAGCCUCAGCAUCACAUCCAUGUUCUUGUAUUCU